AUGUCAACACAAAAAGAUCAGAAAAUCCUGAUCAUCGGUACCGGGACAUUCGGUGCCUCAACAGCAUACCACCUGGCAAAGCGAGGCUACACGAAUAUAACCUGCAUCGACAAAUGGCCAUAUCCUAGUCUCGAUUCUGCUGGCUAUGACCUCAACAAGAUCAUCAGAACAGAAUAUGAUGAACCUCUUUAUGCAGAAAUGGCCUUGGAAGCAAUCCAAGCAUGGCGAGACCCUCUUUAUAAGGAUAUCUUCCACGAGACCGGAUGGAUUCUGACCACGCUCGGCGACCCCAAAGCAGUAGCUCAUCUGGAAAAAUCAUACAAGAAUCUCAAGGACAAAGGUCAGGCCCACAAUAUCGAUUUUGUCAAAGGAAAAGAUGAGAUUGCAAAGUAUGUGCCACAAUUGAAGAAUGCACGCGACAUCGACAAUUGGAGAGGUCUUUGGAAUAAACAGGCUGGAUGGGCGCAUGCAGCAAAUGCUAUCAAGAAGAUUGCCGAUGAGGGAGGCAAGAUGGGAGUCCGCUUCAUCUCUGGCGCAGCAGGAGAGAUGGUGUCUCUUGAGACUUCCGGCAACAAAGUCACAGGAGUUAAGGUCAAGUCUGGCGAGAUUCACACCGCAGACAGAUAUAUCUUGUCUACUGGUGCCGCCUCUCCCGCUCUCCUCCCAGAACUUUCUACCGAACUAUGGAGCAAAUGCUGGACCUACGGACUGCUGGAAUUGACCGAAGAAGAAGCCGCGCAGUUCAAGGAUAUGCCCGUAGUCCUCAACCACGAAUUGGGAUUCUUCUUCGAGCCCAGCACCGAAGGCCGCUUGAUCAAAAUCUGCAACGAGUUUCCUGGCUACCAAUGGCAAAAAGGAGAAUACACGGAUCCUGCCACAGGAAAGACAAAGAAGUACAGCAUUCCACGCUAUGCAUCUGAGUAUCCUAAAGAUGGCAUCCCGGAAGAAGCAAUGAAUGCCAUAAAACACUUCAUCAGCACUGUCAUCCCACAAUUUGAGGGCAGGGAGAUCAAGGGAGCCAAAGUAUGCUGGUGCACAGAUUCGCCAGAUGCGCACUAUUUGAUUGACACGCACCCCAAAUAUCCUGGUGGUGAGCUAUUACUAGCGACCGGAGAUAGUGGGCAUGCAUUCAAGAUGAUGCCCAUCAUCGGAAAGUACAUCGCAAAUGCACUAGAGGGUGACUUCAAAAAAGAGUGGAAGUAUGGAAAUCGUCAACAUCUGGAUAGUGGAAGACCCGGCGACGAGGUCAAAGAUCUUGAGGAUGUUGGUAUUGGCGGACCUCAGGCUAGGCUGUAG